AUGGAGGUGGGGCGCGUGUCAGGGAGCUUCAUCCUCAAGUCUGCGCAGCAAGAGGAAGCUCUUCAUUGCAUCUGGUACACUCUUAGGAGGUGGCGACUCAUCUCUCGGCAGAUCGUCCUCUUCCCGACAAUGGCUUGUUCAUCAAUCAAUCGGAGAUGA